UUCCAACUCUAAUUCAGACCAAUGGGCUUCAAAUUCUGUCACUGUCAAAUGUAUGGAUAACGAUUCUCUCCAAAGAAAGACCAAACCCAAAUAAUGGACCCCACAUAAUGCCAGCGUGGCAUAACAUAUACUAUGAUAUAUCAAUUAGCCCACCGUUUCUCUCGCUCUUUUCCGGUUCCCUUUUUUCCUCACGCUUCUUUCAUAUCAUGACCUCUGACCUAUCUUCUUCUUCUUAGAUUUCUCCAUCGAUCUUGAACAAAGCAUUCACCUUUGCAUUCAUAUUCUUAUUCUUGACUUCCAAGUCAAUUUUUUUUCCCAAUUCGAAAAUCAAACUGGGUAAUGGAUGGUUGCUUUCGUCUUUCUCACCAGAUCUGAAGCACCCAAAUUCCAAUUUUUCUGACAGAAUUCAUAUUCGAUUCACCGGCUAGGUAUUUUCUAAAAUCGGUCCAAUUUCUGAGUUUAAAUUUGAACAAUGGUGUCGAUCAAAUUGGGAAUGCUCCAUUAUGUAAUUGACCAUGUAUAUGGAGCGUUUAUGCACCGCACCAAGAUAACCCCACCCUUCUUCUCUCGAGGAUGGGGUGGUCCCAAUCUGGAAUUGCUCGAGCGGAUGGUUCAACGCCUCUUCCCGCUUGAGGCUCAAGGUCAGAAUUGGCCACCGCCUUUGGUUCGUCCAGUCUGGAGGACUGUUUGGGAGACAAAGACCGCUACUUUGAGAGAAGGUGUUUUCCAGACUCCUUGUGCGGAUGAGCUAACCGCUGCUUUGCCUCCGGAGUCUCGCACCGCCAGAGUUGCUUGGCUUGUCCCUAAAAACGUUCCUCCCCAAAAGAUGGCUUGUGUGGUUCAUCUUGCAGGCACGGGUGAUCAUACAUAUGACCGAAGAUUGCGUUUGGGUGGACCGUUGGUGAAACAAAACAUUGCAACAAUGGUGUUGGAAAGCCCUUUCUAUGGCCAAAGGCGUCCGUUUCUUCAACGUGGUGCAAGACUCCUCUGUGUUAGUGAUCUACUUUUACUAGGGAGGGCAACGAUUGAAGAGUCCCGCAGUCUUAUUCACUGGCUAGACACUGAGGAAGGCUUUGGAAAGAUGGGUGUUUGUGGGCUUAGUAUGGGAGGAGUACAUGCUUCGAUGGUUGGAUCGCUUCAUCCAACACCAGUUGCAACACUUCCAUUCCUAUCUCCGCACUCUGCUGUUGUUGCAUUCUGCGAAGGAAUAUUAAAGUAUGGGACUGCUUGGGAGGCACUGAGGGAGGAACUUGCAGCACAAAAGAUCACAAUGACUCUUGAUGAAGUGAGAGAGCGGAUGCGCAAUGUUCUCUCCCUCACAGAUGUCACUCGCUUCCCUAUCCCCAAAAACCCUGAUGCUGUUAUCUUUGUUGCUGCAACUGAUGAUGGAUACAUACCAAAACACUCAGUGUUGGAGCUUCAAAAGGCGUGGCCUGGUUCAGAAGUGAGAUGGGUCACAGGUGGACACGUGUCCUCCUUUCUGCUUCACAAUGAUGAGUUUCGCAGAGCAAUCGUGGACGGUCUCGAUAGAGUAGAGUGGAAGGAGUCAUGGUGACUUAACAUACAUAACACAACCACUUUGUGUUACAGAGGGAGGGGGAUGUAAAUGUCUUAAUCUCCUCUUGUUGUAUCAUUUGUGUUGUUUUAAGAAUAAGAUUCUUUGCGCUUUCAAAAGUGGUGGGCUCUGAUAUUCAUUUGUCUUUGUAUUGUUUUUGUCCCAACACAUAGCAACAAUUUUAGAGGUUUUCACUCAUCACAUUCGAUUAAUAUGUCAUAUCCAUUGGACUUUAACAUUA